AAGAUGUCGUCUGCGGCGGGCGGGUCGCUGCAGGACAGGACGCUGAAUAAAGUGGCGCUAUGCUCGGCGGUGUUCGCGGGCUUUGCAUAUGUCGGAUACUCCUACGCCAAGACCGCCUUCUGCAGAAAGCUGGCACGGAGGCAUGACCUGUAUGAUGAUGAGUCCGAGGUGUCGCGUGUGGUGUUCCGGCGGCUGUCCCAAACCACCCAGACGGAUGCCCUGCUGGGUAACCUGGACGUGAGUGGGGUGCGGGGCAAGCUGAUCCUCCGCCCCAAGAGUGUGCAGGUGCGGCAUUUGGAGCGCAUCAGGGAGUUGAACCUCAAGGCACGCCAGUUCGCCGACACCUUCAUCGCGAUACAAACGGGCAAUGGACACGCCGGACAUGCGCUUUCCCGGAACUCUGCCAUACAUGACCCCAAGAGCCUGCAGUGCUCUCCCUGGAACUCCCCGCGGCUCCUGUCACCCGUCGACGUCAAACACCUGAUCACGUCAAGGUCAACAGAGAACCUCACACACAUCCCACCUGACGGAUCUCCCUGCAGACCUAAGUGGGUGAGAAAAAGUCUGCGCAGGAAAAAGCUUGAAGCCGCCAAUGACCCCGACGGACACCAGCGGCGGCUUGAGGAGGAGGCGAAGGCGCUCUACACAGCCUCCGAGGAAGAGCUGACCACAUCCCUUGAACGCCUCACCUCCCGGGGCCGCAUCCUGACCCCCUACGAGGCCAAGAGUCUCGUGGCGCUGCUGUACGCGGACGACAAAGGCCUCGUGGAGCGCGCCCUCGCCACCAUUGCCAACUGUGCCGCCUUCAGUGUGAACCUGGACUUUCUGCGUGAGGUUGGCUGCAUUCACCGCCUCACCACGCUGCUGGAGGACAAGGACCUGAGGUUACCCGCCGUGCAGACACUCGGGAAUGUGGUCUUGUCCGAGGAAAACAUCAGACAGGCCAAGGGCUGCCUUCCGCUCCUGAUGGACUUUGUGAAGAACAGCUGGGGCGAUGACGGGCUGCGGCUGGCGGCUCUCGUGGUGCUGACCAACAUCGCCACCAUCAGCGAGUGGCACCAGACUUACUGCCCCCUACUGCACAAAUUGUACCAUUUUGUGGACAGCCCCAACACACACAUACAGCUGCAGAGUCUGAGGCUGCUGGUCAACCUCUCCUGCAACAGAGACAUGAUCCCCUCCCUGCUGGCUGCCGAGGGCCCUAGUCACCUCAGCACCCUAGUGGACAGCAGCACGGACGAGGCGGUGCUGCUUCGGGUGCUGACGCUUCUGGCAACACUGACCCACGCCGUGACCCAAGAUGACCUCAACCCAAGCACCGACCUGCCCCCAGAGAACAAGGCUGCGGCCCCUGAUACCAUACACGCUGGCGGCUCACCCACUCGCAUGCCCCUGGACAGGUACGCCAGGAUGUUCGGCAUUGGUGUGCGGGACAGGCUGGUGGCACGCUCCGAGUCCCUGGCACAGACCCACCCAGACCCUGACAUCCAGCGACAAGCAGCACGGCUCAAUGCGGCACUCAAGGACACGGUGGCAUUCUGAGAGGGACGAGCAGC